AGUUAUCUUGCUACGUUUUUCUCUAUGGCAAAAAAUUACUUAAAACAAAGAUUUCUUUAUUGAGCUGAUUUAUCAAUUGGAAUAUUUAUAUUCAAAACGGCAAUAGUAUAAUAUAUCAUUUAAAUUUUUGAAAAUAAAGUGUUUACUUUGCAGUUUCGAAAUGAACGUUAAGGUUAAAGUAAAUAAAAAGUUUAAUGAAGAAUUAGGCUCAUCAUUGAAUAAUCUAAAAGCAAUUGAACACUUGCAUAUGAAACUACAGUAUGACAAAACUAAAGUGGAGGAAUUGCUUUCAUUAGCAUCUUCUGAAGCACCAUCUAAAAUUCAAGAAGGUGUUGAAGAAGUUGAUCUAAUUGUUCAUUGUAUAGAUGAAGUUAAAGAAAAUUGUAAAAUAACCUCCAUGGAAAUUGUUGAAAGACUUAGUCAAGAAAACAAAAUAUCAGAAUUGCAGAAUGUCAUUGAUGACAUUUCUUAUCUGGAACGAUCGUCAUUGUAUUUGCAAUUUGUUAAAUUUAUUGAAGAUUUGAGUUCUGAAUUAGAAGUUUCUUUACAAUCUGGAAAUGAUGAGGCUUCUAUUUCUACAUAUUUAAUUUUAAAAGAAACUCAUCAGAGUCUGGAACCAUCAUCAUGCAUCAAUUUGAAAAAUUAUGUGAAAGAUACUUUAGAGUUUUGGUUUAAAGAAAUUCAUAACAAGAUUGUUGGAGAAUAUAAUGAUGUGUUGGAAACUUUGAAAUGGCCUUUUUGUGGUGUUAAUGCAAAUGCUAUUAGUACACAAACUCCAGAAUCUCUUGCUAGAUUCCAAAUUUUAACAGAAUAUUUAUUUCACUUACAACUACCAAAUUGUUUGAUUAAAACAUUGUCAUCUGGUAUAUCAAUAAACUUUGCUCCAACGUGUUUACCAAUUUCUUUGUUAGUUCGUCCAUUAAAACAGAGAUUUUUCUUUCACUUUACUGGUAAUAAAAAAACAAACAGGAGAGAUAAACCUGAAUGGUUUUUCACACAAAUUUUAACAUGGAUCAAAGAUCAUUCAGAAUGGGUAAAUAAAUAUGUUCAACCAAUUGCUUAUACAGCUGGUUUUAAUAAAACAAAUGGUAAAGUUGAGUUUAUGAGAGCAUUAGUACAGCUCGCAGUUGAAAAAUUAAACUCUGAAUUGAAUGUUAUUCAAUUUGAUGAUUCACUGUUUACCCAUGCAAUUGAUGAAUCUCUUGGUUUUGAAAGAGAACUGAGAGAAUCUUUAUUCUAUCCACUAUCAGAACCUGCCACUGUUAUUGUACUUACUCAAGGUCCAAUUUUUAUGAAGUGGCUUACAAUGGAAAAGAAAUAUGCUCUUGAAAAUAUGGAUGCAAUUUUGAGCUCUGAUACUGUUUGGUCCAAACAAUUCGGUUUCGCAGAUGAUUUGAAAGUAACUGAAUGUGCAAGUUCAUUCCUUAUACUCUUGAGUGCAAUAUCUGACAGAUACAAUCAUCUACCUCAACCUGGUCACAGAUUGCAAUUUUUAGAUUUACAAUUAGAAUUAAUAGAUGAUUGGAGAGUGAGAUUACUACAGUUACUGCAUGAAGACUACAAAGAUCCUCUUUCAUCUCUAAUACCGUCUAUUUUAAAUACGUUAUAUCACGUGACAACUGUACUUCAAGAUUUGGGUGCCACUGUUCAAUACUUACAAUUGUAUUUUUAUAAAACACAAUUUGAAAACGCUGAAACAGUAAUGCAUGAAAGCAUAGAAAACUUUGUUAUGGAAGAAAAUGAAGGAGAAAUUACUGUGUUUGAUGAAGCUAUAAGUCUACUUGAACGAUUAGAAAAAAAGCUUCUUUCAGAAAUAUAUGAUUCAAUAUUUUCAGAAAUAAAAGCUAAGAGUUGGAUAUACAGUAAUGAAAAAUGGUUCGCUAUGCAAUCAGAAAAGGAAGUAGCAUCGUUAUCUGUAACUCCUAGUGGUUGUCCAAUGUUUCAAGAAAUUGUGAAUAAAUUACAUGCUCUUAAAAACGCUUUAGCUUUACCAUUAUUUGAGCGAUCAUGGAAAAAUUUGGCAAAACAGUUAGAUCAACAUUUAUUUGACGAGCUUGUUCUCCGAAAUCAAUUUAACAAUGGUGGUGCUGCUCAAUUGCAAUUUGACAUCACAAGAAAUUUACUCCCUCUUUUUGGUCUAUACACAGAUCAACCAGACUCCUAUUUUCCACUACUCACGGAAUCUUACACUUUGUUAAAUAUGUUACCUGGUUCAGCAAUUCUUUUGUUGGAAGCUUUAGGAGAAGAAGAGGAAGAAAAUAUAACGAGAGUUUUGACAGAUGUCAAUAUCUAUCGACUAACACCGCGUACAGUGUGUAAAAUUUUGAAUUCCAGAAUGGAUAUAAACCCCAGAUGACAAAAACUGAAAUCUCUUGAGAUUGAU